GGUGUCUUUGCCGGUGACGUAGCAGGUGCGCUUGCGAAAUGGAGAUGGUAGCAGCUGAGAUAAACAACUCUUUGGAAUUUGGUUCUUUUUUACCUCUAUAACUGUAACAUGAGAAGGUAAAGUGACAACUAUAACGGAGUACUGUAUGGUGCAGCGUUAAGAAAAACACGUGUGGACUCUAAAAAUGUCCGUGCAGCCUGGCAGCCGGCAAAAUGAUCAGUAACCAAGAAGAGGAUGAGUUUAUUGCAGUGCGGGUUCAAGAUCCCCGCAUUCAAAAUGAAGGCUCAUGGAACUCAUAUGUGGAUUACAAAAUCUUCCUGCACACAAACAGUAAGGCAUUCACAGCCAAGACGUCAUGUGUGCGAAGGCGCUACAGUGAGUUUGUGUGGCUCAAGAAGAAACUGCAGAAGAAUGCUGGUUUAGUACCAGUCCCAGACCUUCCUGGCAAGUCCUUGUUCUCCUUCAGUAAUGAUGAUUUUCUUGAAAGAAGAAGGAAAGGUCUCCAGUGCUUUCUGGACAAAGUGGUGCACAUGACAGUGUGUUUGUCAGACAGUCAGCUGCACCUCUUCCUGCAGACUCAGCUCCCUGUUGGACACAUCCUGGACUGUGUUCAAGGCCACACUCCCUACACAGUGACCGAUGCCAUCCUGACCUACGCCUCCUCCAACCGCGGCUACGCCCAGGCCCAAGAGGAGGAGCCCGCCAAGGAGAGGAGCCUGACGGUGUCCUACGAGUCCAUGGAAAGUCCUGUGCCUCACCAACCAUCUCAACAAAACAACCCGCUGUUACCUGUGUCAUCUAAAGCAGUGGAUCAUUUACAACAGGAAGACACGACUGAACCUCUGCCCAACGACCCUACCUCCACCAUUUCCAUACAAGUCCACCACACCAAUGACCAUCUCAAAGCCGUAGUUGACAACUGUAAACAUGUUAGCUUCUUUUUGGGUGACAACGAAAGUCCAGAAAGUUUUAGCUCUAAAGAGCAAGAUGAAGAACUGCCCGGGACUAAUGGUAGCGUAAUAGAGGCGUCGGUAGAGUUACAUUCACCAACUGGACCUGUAUUUGAAGAAAUUGAUGAGGCAACAAUUGAGGAAAACACAAUUGUACAAAAAGAAGAACAUCUUAAUUGUAUUGUUUCAAAUUCAGUGGAGAGAAGUGAACUGAAUUGCAAUGGACUGGUGAAAAGUAUCUGUAAACUAACUGUAGAAUAUGUUGAAGAUAAGGAAGCAGAUGUUUUGGAAAACCAAGUUGAAUCCAAGGAGGAAGUUCUUGAAAAUCACCUUAAAUUCCACGAUGAUAUGAAAAAUGAAUUGCGUGAGACACUGGUUAUUCAGGACUAUAGUAAUGCAGGUGUGGCACUAGCUGCUAAUUCAGAGGUAACAACAAGUGAAGAAGACUCAAAUGAACAAACCAUUUCUAUAGAAAAUGAAGAAAAUGAAAAUAUACACAACGACGUUAAGGCUAAUGUUUGUGCUAGUGAAUUUAUAGAACAAAUAGAUCCUCACAUGGACCAAAUGGAGGACGACUCUGUUGACAUGGCUAAUUCUGACAUUGUUUAUGAAGAUAGGCAAUCUCUACGGUCUUCAAAUGAGAGUAUAGUAAAAGUCAGCGAUGAGGAAAGCAUUGGCGAUGAUGUUGAGGCGAUGCAGGAGUCAAAUGGGGACGUACACACCGAGCUUGUCCCAGAAGAGAUCACUGAUCAUUGGUCUGAAACCGAGGCCUCUAGCAUUUUUACGUUGCACAUGAAUGGUUGCCCUCUGGAAGUAGAAGAGCAUAUUUCCAACGUGAGCAGUAUCCAAGAGGAAAUCGAGAUCGUCAAGGGAACAAACGACCUAAACUACGUCAGCGAGUUGACGACAAGCAGUAAUCUGGAGUCCAAUGAAUCAGAAUCUGUAGUGGAUUUGACAGAAAACAGCGACUUUAGCAUCUUGGAGACCAGCUGUGUGCCAGAGUCAGUUGACAGUAAAUUAGUGAUGGGGGAAAACUUGUGCUCGCCUGUGUCUUUGGAUGCCUCAGAGGACGGCAUUGAGGUCCCAUUAGCUCAACCAGUCCUGAAUGGGGACAGUGAAAGCACAUAGGCCUCACUGAGUUGCACCUGCACUGAGCCAGAACAAUGGAGAGUAGGGUUGUCCUCUGGCAAAGGCGCCCUACAUCAUGUCUAAUGUCCUCAUUAUUUUACAUAUGUUGAAUCUCCUCUGGGACGGUCACCCUGUUUUAACCUUACCGUUGUGAGGUGAUGUCAUGCUCAAUUGUUUUUUUAGUUUAUUUAUUUUAACAUUUUAUUGAUCACAAACCAAUCAGGUUGGCUAAACAUUUCAGCACAUUUAUAAUAUAUUUAAGGUUAACUGGAGCAAUGGCAUAAUGGCCAAAACUGUUAACAGUUCAAAUAUGCUUACAAAUAAAAUACAAAACACUACACCACAUACAUUUUUUUAUAAUGGUGAUUCUGAUUUAAACUAACACAGAAAUAGUAAAAAUUUAAUUGGUAAGAAACUUAAAGAUUCGCACACUACCUAACUAAACAUGAACCUUUUUGUAAUGUUCUCUGUUGUUUUAAAUGUCACUUGUAACAAACCACUGACGCAUCACUCUCUCGAUUUUGUGGCUUUGUUAAGAAACUUUUCACUUCACACUUUCAAAUUACAGUUCAAAUGUUAGACCAAAGAAAUAUUAACUUCAAUAUCAAUUUUAAAAUUACUACUGGUUUUAUGUGUAUGUGUAAAAGGGACCCAUAAUUCUACAUAACUGGAAUAGUCUAUUUUUAAUUUAUUUUAUGUGUGAUUAAUAAAGAUUUUUAAUUAUAGUCACUGAUUGCUUCAUUAUGGUGAUGAGUGUGUUAUUUUUUAUUGUAAUUUAAUUUUGAGGAUUAUCAUGUAGAUUCUAAUAAACAUGAUACUGAA